CAGGGAAGGAUUUCGCAGCUCAGUUUGAUCAUUCCGCCACCUAGUUUUGCAAUGCAUUAAUUGCUCUGUACAGCUCGGACUUUGCAGUACAGUAAAAGGAGAAGCAACAGGGGACUCAUCAUUCCGGAGAGGUCCUCCUGACAGGGAAGAUAGAUGUAUAAUGGUCUGUAAUAAGCAGAGCAUCACUUCAGCUGCUCCCUGCUACUACCUGCCCAUUCCCUGUCUCAGAGCUGGCUGAAGGUGUGCUCUGAGUCCUGCCUGCAGAAUCGCACGGGGGAGGAAGGGCUGUUCCGCCAAGUCACAGGGAAGGUAGACGGCGAGUGUUGCCCAGUGGCAGACGGACAGGAGAACUCCGAGGGUCUGCACAGGAGAACUGCGCCGCUGAGAGCUCUCUGAUCAUGGAGAUAAAGGAGGAAGCUUCUGAUGCAGCCCAGGAUCUUAUUGCUACGGCUAAAGGAGAGGAGAAGUCUGUUGUGUCAGGAUGUGCAAAGAUUCAGAGAACUUUAGAUGACCCGAAGCUUGAGUUCGCUCUUGCAUGCAAGGAUUUGCUGACCGCUGCUCGUGAUGGAAAACUGAACACAUUUGUACAGAUCUCGGUGGCACAUCCAGCAGACCAGACAUUAACCAGAUACGCUAACACUGAAAUAGUAGAGGGAACAAGAGACCCACUGUUUUUGACUGGUGUGACGUUUCCCUCGGAGUAUCCCAUCUAUGAAGAAACUAAAAUAAAGCUCACGGUGUAUAAUGUCAAGGAUAAGUCUCAAGAAACUGUUCUUCCAGAAAGCAGUGAGCCAAGAACAAACUCCGGGAAGAAUUUCCUGGGCUGCAGCACUUUUAGAGUGAAGGAUCUGGUGAAAGCUAAAGAACAACCCCUGUCUCUCAACCUCAAAACCUUAAAUGGUGGAAAGAACAUUGGCAAUAUUGAAGUGAGUCUGGUGAAGAUGGGUGAGAUACAGAAUGGGGAAGCAGAUCAUAUCACAACAGAUGUGCAAGAACAAAAGUGCGCCUUAGUCUGUGAGUGCUCCUCACCUGAAAUGGUCAGUGGGAAUGACAAUCUACCUUUGCUUAAUGCAGUGUUAAAGAAUCCCAUCUACAAGUUCUACAGAUUUCCUGCAUCUGACAACAAGUGGCUCUGCGUUCGGGAGCAGAUGUCAGAGAGCAUCAUGUCUUUCCAUAUCCCAAAGCAACUGCUUACUCUCUACUUAAAAGAAGACACCAGAAGAAUUGAAGAACUGAAGGAACUUGGAGAACUUUCUUCACACUGGGACAAGCUGCGACAAAGUGUUAUAACUCACUAUGAAGAGAUGGUGUGCAUCUACCAGGAAAGUCUUGCUGAGCUAGAAAAAUAUACAGGGUCUUCUUUCAAAUCCAGCUGUACUAAAGGAGAAAAGAGUCUUGAAUUUGUUCCAAUUAAUCUCCAUUUACAAAGAAUGCGGGUUCACAGCCAAAAGUUAAAAGAUGCCCUGUACGAUGUCAUUACCAUUGGUGCCCCGGCAGCGCAUUCUCAGGGAUUUAAGAGUGGUGGCCUCAGAACACUUCUUUCUAGGUUUGAGACAGAAAAACGAAAUACAGGGUACCAAUGUAUUUACUAUUCACCUGAGAACACGGCGAAGGCAAAAGAGAUUUUAAGUAACAUCAAUCACCUGCAACCUCUUAUAUUAAGCCAUACAGACCUUCUGCUUAAUUCAGCAAGACAGCACUCUGUGGACAGCCUGAACAAUUCUUUAAAAGCACUCAUGGAAACGACGGAGUUAUUUGUUCACUCUUUUAAAGACCAGUUAAUAAACAAUGCCCUUUUGGCACUAUACACAGCACGGCCAGGCUGUGCAAAUAAGAAGCUUACAGAACCAAGAAAUGCUGUGAAUGAAAAUGAUCAGCAGGAUCAGGACCAUGUACAGCCAAUAACAAGACAGGAUUCUAUACCUCACCACUCUGAAUACGAUGAGGAAGAAUGGGAUAGGGUGUGGGCCAACGUAGGGAAGAGCCUUAAUUGCAUUAUCGCCAUGACGGACAGGCUGCUUGAACAAGAAGACAGUACAAAAGACAUAAAACCUGAUUCCUUAGAUGAAGAUCUCAUCACAUCGCCCAUAAAUGAAGACUGGUAUGAACAGCUUUACCCUCUGAUAAUUACGCUAAAAGACUGUGUAACAGAAGUAGUGGAUAAGGCAAAGACAUCAAUGACUUUUGUUGUGCUUCAAGAACUGGCGUGCGGUUUGCCCCAAUGCCUGCGCCUUACCUUCAGAAGAGACGUGGUUUUCAGCCAAGCCCUUUCUGGAUUGAUCUGUGGUUUUAUAAUAAAGCUACAUUCCAGUCUACACAAUCAGUGCUUUCUACAGCAACUUGGCAUGGUGGGAUUACUUGUCCAAUACGAGGGCCUUCUGAGCACAUACAGUGAGGAAGUUGGAAUGCUAGAAGACAUGGCGGUCAGUAUUUCGGAUUUGAGGCACGUAGUAUUUAAAAUAACUGAGGCUAAAUCAGACGACUUUCUGCCUGCUGUGACUGGAAGACGAGAGCACUAUUUAGUCGAGGUCAAGCUUCCAACAAAAAUGUUUGAGUUGCUUCCACAAGAGAUUAAAGAUGGAAAGUUGCUAAGUGUUUACCCAGUGCUUUUUAACGUAGGAAUUAAUGAGCAGCAAACAAUUGCAGAAAGGUUUGGUGACACCUCUUUGCAAGAAAGUAUUAACCAAGAGAAUGUUGAACAUUUGGAAGAGUAUUACAGACUUUGUGCAGAUACAGCGGUUCCAGAUUGUCCACAGUUAUUCCAGGAUCAAAGUGACCUAAAGGAACUCAUUGAGAACCUUCACCAAAACACUCAUGCCAAAAAAAGGAAGAAUGUAGAAGUCAUGUGGUUAGCGGCUACUAUUUGCCGAAAAAUGAAUGGGGUUCGAUUUACUUGCUGUAAAAGUGCCAAGGACCGGACAUCUAUGUCAGUUACUUUGGAGCAGUGCUCAAUCUUAAGAGAUGAACAUGACCUUCACAAGGACUACUUCAUCAAGGCCCUUGACUGCAUGAGAAGCGGACAAGCCCAAGGACUUCUGAAUGAGUCGGAUGAUCCAGAGAAAGGCUGUGUAACAGAUAACAAGCCAACUUCCCGCCACUUCUAUCCUGUUGCUCUGCUUCUUGUCAGCUCACACUUGUUGGUUGUGUGGCUUAUCCUGAGUCUUGCAUUGCUAUUAGCCAAAUAUCAAUAAUAUGCACCUCAUUUUCUGUUUGUUAAACCAAUAGCAAUGUCCUUUAGUUUGUAAAUUAUAUCUGCAAUUCUUUGUACUCUAACCUCAAAAUGUGCCCUUUGAACCACAACCUGUUUUUUAUAUUAAUUUAUUUUCCAUGUAGCUAUAGUAUUGUAUCCAGAUUACGUUGUGAUAUUUAUUCAAAUGUCUGUAGGAAGAAUGCAUUCUCUUAUUCAGCUGCCCCACGCUGAUUACGGCUUCUUUUUAUUCCUUUGCUUUGUUUAUCAUAGUUGCAAGUAUCAUUGAUUACAACGAUUUUUGUAAAAUCAGCAACACGAUUUUCUUUUACUGACAAAGAUCCAGUUGACUAGAAACUAGGCUGUAUAAAUAGUCUCUCAAACAAAAUAAUGAGUUUUCUUAGGAAGGGACCAUUGAAAACAGGCUGGAUAAAAACCUGUACUGCACAUACUAUAUGUACUAUACAAACAUUUAUUAUAAAGCCUUGGUUCAAUACUUUUCUUGUUAUCACAGGUCAUUCAUUAGGGGAUAUUUCUAAAUAUUGGUGUAAAGGUAAAAAAAUAUUGUUAGCCACAGCAACCGAUGAGACAUUAGCUUUUGUUUUGCAGUCUAUUUUACAAAAAUGACAGCAUUUGUUUGGUUGAUAUAUGAUAAUACAGGUCGGGUAAUAUUUCGGCCCUGUAGUGGCGUCAUGACAUUACUGAGUACGCAGCCAAUCGCAGACACAAUCACAGCCAUUCCCUCACCAUCGCUACUCCCAGGACCCGCCGCUGACUCCCACUGAUGCGCUGCACAUAAAACCCGCUGCAGACCCGUCCGGAUAAAGGAAAAAUCAAAGAACCAGAAUUCUCCUAGUCCCAAGCAUUCCGGAUAUGGGAUACUCGACCUUUAGCACCUUUUUUGUGCAGUUACCUAUAUACCAGUUUUUGCUGUCCUCUAUUGACUGUGUGAUGACAUAGUAAUUUUUUCUACAAAUGCUUACUUGCCGUUUCCAGUAUAAAUUUAGCCCUUUUACACUGGACAGCAGUUUUGCAUUCCCUAAAAGGUAUCUAUUUUUAUUAUGUGGUUUCACACCAUUGAGAAAAUAAAUGUUUAAGUAGUUUUAAUGGUAGGGAUUCCAGUUGCUUACUUUCUUCCUGCUCCCAAGCACUUGACAUUUUUAAGCUGUACAAUUGCUUAAAAAGCAAUGGCUCUUUGAUGACGUAGUAAUAAACUUAACAUAGCACAAUCUGAGCAAUCCAUGCUCCAAUAACUUGAGCCCAGAGUCUUCAACGUUCCCAGAAGUGUAAUACAGAUUUCAUAUAGUGUGUUAUGCUAGUCUGUGUUAGGUGGCUUUAUACACAAAGAUCUGUGUAACUAAGGGCGUAUGACCGAUGCCGCCGUUCAGAGUGCAGGGCUCUGUGGGCAGAACUGUUGCUGCCCACAGCCCUAGUUUUGGCACCUUAAAGCCAGAGAUCUUUGAUACGGCUCCGCCAGAGCGUCUUUAGAUGCUCCAGACAGACACCCUGCAGCCUGUACAGCCAAUUGGAGUGUCCUGAGAACACUCCUAUCCAUCAGCGUUGCAGUUAAUGUUGUUGCAAGCUGCACCACUCUGCGCAUCGCAGUGACAUCAUGCGUGUGACAUCAUGACAUUGGGCGCAUUUGAGCCCUGUUACGGUGUUGCACACAGCACAUUUUCAGAUUUGGAACAAAUACCAUUCCAUUAGCCAAAUUUAAUGUUGGGUUUAACAACUAGAUGAUGAUCAAGAUGUUAAACAUACUGUUCACCAGUAUAGUCCCCUAGAUCAUAUACAAACUGGACGAAUGUCACACUUGAACGCUUGAUAGUGACAUAAAUCCCUGCUUACAAUUCCUAAAUAGAAUCAAAUUUAAAAAAAAAACACAUUUUAGUGAUUUUUUUGUUGUUAUGUAGCAGAAUUUAAUGACCUUGCAGGUUUGGUACAUGGAAAAACGAGUGUAUAUAGAAAGAAAAUGGGCCCGUUUGAAGGCUAGACUGUGAACUAUUUUUAUGAAUUGGGUAGCUAAGGACCAAUUUUAAUACUAUAAGGACUUAAUUCAUUUUUGUACGCAAAUCCACAUGCAGCUGCGUUUUUAUAGAUUAUAGAACUGCUAAUCAUCGUACCGCAAGUGAAGCUGCUGCCUAGGAAAGAAAUACCAGAUCCAACGCAGAGUUCUCUUCAGCUGCGUACUGAUACGCAGCACCAACACAAUAACAAGGAACAUCUACUCCUAGGGUUGACCUAUGGCUAUGCAGACUGGCCUCGGCAAUAGCAAUGCUGGCGCCAUGUUUCUUUAUGUACAUGAAGGCACAUACACACCUUGAAAAUGAAAAUGACACGCCUGCGUUUUUGCUGCUACUCCCCUACUAACUCCCCUGGCUAUCCCUUCCUGCAUAUAACAUGUCAGUGCAAGCGCGAUUGUAAAAGUACCUUUGCGCAUGCGAUCACGACACAUGCACAGUCUGCUGAUAAUCACUUCGUUGUGAAAGCAUUGGCACUGAGUACAAAUAUGAAUUAGGUCCUAAGUCCACUCAAAGUUAGUGACUCUAUCACACAGCCCUUCCCCCACAGUUUUAAUGUAUGACCAAUAUAAACCAACUUGCAAAGAACAUUGGCAUGUAGUAAAGCAAUAUCUCUGAUCUGGGCCUCCCCAAAGCUAUAUAUUAAUACAGCUUAUAUGCAAAAUAUUUAUUCUGUCUACUUUUUCCUAACGAUUUGGCAGGCACGGCCCUCACUAAUCCCAUUCUUGCUUGUAACUUCCGUUUGCAUGUAUUGCUGAAAAACUAACAAAGGAUGCAAAUCUUUUUCUUUUCCUUUCCAUGUUCUGUCUGUAUCAUUGUGGCCUUCUUUGCACUGUGUUACUUGAAAGUAACUGUGACAUUCAGAUGAUUUAUAUGGGAGAUAAGACGUUAUGUAUAAUGUUCUUGUCGUCUGCACACAGUACGGCCAAGUAGUUGUGAGCAGAGGCAAUAACCAUAUGAAUGCGAUCCAUCCAAUCACCAAUAACAUGUAACAUCACUGAAGCAUGAGGCAUUUCAUAUGACUGGAUGAAUUCUGUGAAAUACUGGUGCAACUCACAAAAUGGCUGCCUGCACUGGUUGUCGACAAUGGGGAUGAUGUAUUAAGCAGUGAAAGGAGUGUAGAAGUGGACCAGUGGAGAAUGUACCUAUUGCAGCCAAUCAGCUUUGAGGAAGCAUUAAUCAAGUACAUUCUAUAAGAUGAUAACUUCUCCACUGGACUACUUCUCCACUCUUUUCACUGCUUGACAUAUCAACCUCAAUGUGUACAAGUUGUCUUUUUGUUAAACCAGCAUAAGUAAGACUCACACGGCAUGCCCCAUUUGGUCAGGCCCUCUACCAAGGAAAGCUUUAUUAAUACAAAGCAGUACAAGAAGCACUAAUAAAACUUCUUAACGUGCACCUCUCAUCUACAUAUUAUGGAGGAGUCAGUUAAUGGGCUGAAUUAAUAUUCAUGAGAAAUGCUACCUUUGAAUGCAGUAACAUCCCAUGCACCAUGUGUAAUGUUCACAAAGUACCUCAGUAACUAUGUCAAAGUACCUAUGUCACUUGUUCCUAUGGAUGAAAUCCUCAUGCAAUAGUGUCCAGCCCACAAAAUGUCCGCCACUUCUGUAGACAAUAUGUGCUCCUUAGGGAAGUCAAUAAGGGCUAAGCAUGCUCUUCAAAAAGAUGAACUCUGUGUUAUGAAUCUAUGUUAUCAUCUACAGUUACAGUUGAAGUGUAAUGAGUUCAACCCUGUUCAUGAAGUCCAAGUUUGCCUUGUAUCCAUGUCUGCUUAUUUGUAUUGCAUUGUAUGCAGUUGCUGCCCAUACGUAUUUUGUAUUUUCUUUUCUUCAUUUCUACUUCUCUUUCUCCCUUCAUAGCAUCAAUUUAGGAACGUGCAAACAACUUUUGUACUUUAUGUCGAUAUGCACUAGCUCUUUGUAAAAAAAAACUUUUGUAAAAAAAAAAAGUAAAGAAAAAAUAAAACCUAGGUAACAAGUUUCAAAUUAAUUAUAAAUAUUAGAAUCAAAUUAUACAAAUGAUAAUAAAAACUAGUGGUUGGAAUUUUAUCUGAAAAUCUUUAUGGCCAGAUUCAAUAAAUGCCUUAUUCUUGUGUGCGAGAUACAGAGAUUUUUGUCUACACUUAUAGUUACGAUUGUAAUACUACUUUUGACAAUGGUCAAAAUUCAUUAUACAGCAUAUUGGGCCUUAUUUAAUAACAUAGCUUAAUGUGCACAGUUGUGAUCCAUUUCCACCAAUGAGGUUAUGGAGAUCACUCUGUAGGAACACAGUAGAUGAGAGGGGGAAUUACACUGGUCUGGAAAGAUGAACGUGAUUCCUUGGGGGCCCACUAUUGGUGUAGAGUUACACUAUGUUGUGCUUUUAUUUUUUACUGAAUUUUGUCCAUUGAGUAGUAGCAAAUGAGAGUAUUACUGCUUGAAAAUAACCGAUGUUGGCAGUCUUUGAAAUGAAUACAUAUAUGGUGCAGAGUACCUAUUAUUCAGUACAUAGGUAGUUUGGAUGUUAAGUUCAGGUGUUGGUACAUAUUUCUGAGGGUAUUUACUAUAUGUGUCUGGCCUCUGGAUUUAAAUGUGUAAGAUGUAUCAUCACUUGUCAAAAAAUGUAUGGUUGAAAUCUUGUUAUUUUUACUGAAAGACUGCAACACUGCAAUGAAUAAAUAAAUCUUAUUUCUGUA